AUGUCAUUAAAUAUGAAUAUUGUACCUCAAAAUAAUAAUUUGUCAAGUAUUAACUCGACUUCGACUACUGAAUCAAAUAAACAAACUACCAAAGAACAAACUGCUGCUAAAUUAUUCUCAUUGCCAGAUAGAUUACGUGAUAACCAAGGUGGUGCUGUUCCAUUGACUACUCAAUUGAACGAUCGUCAUCCAUUGGAAGCAAGAUUAAACAAUUGGGAAGAUACACAAUUUAACCGUCAAAUGAACCAGUACCGUCAAAUAUUUGGUAUCUCAGAACCAAUGAAAAAGAUAAUGGACUUGAAAUUGGUCGAAAACACUCAUUUCAAUCCUCUAAACAACAAUGCACAAAAUAUCCACAAAGAUAUCCUACUAAAUAAAGAUUGCUCUAUCGAUUGGGAAGACAUAUAUACUGACGGCUUCAAUGGCAGCGAUAUCUCAAUGCUAGGUGGUUCAGAUAUGCAUUCCAAGAUCGAACAUAACGUGGGAAUCUGA